CUUUAACCCACGCCUAACAAACUUCGUUUGGCCUUCACUCUCUAUAUAUACCUCCAAUACUUGCGGAACAUUUCUGUAAAAUCUAGGAAACAGAGUCUUUUUAGUUUCUGAAACAACAACAAUAACAUUUUGCCACAAUGGGAAGUGAAGGUGAUGCCAAGACCAACAACAACACCAAUCAUGAGAGGAAACCAAGAUUUCUUUGCCUUCAUGGAUUUCGAACAAGUGGUGCAAUUCUGAAGAAACAAAUUCUUGAUAAAUGGCCAACUCAAGUUGUGGAUAAAUUGGACCUUGUUUUUGUUGAUGCGCCUUUUCCUUGUCAAGGCAAAUCUGAAGUUGAAGGAAUCUUUGACCCUCCUUAUUAUGAAUGGUUCCAAUUCAAUAAGGAGUUUACGGUGUAUGAGAAUUUUGAUGAAUGUCUUGCAUACAUAGAAGAGUGCAUGAUUAAGCAUGGACCUUUCGACGGUCUUCUUGGUUUCUCCCAGGGGGCAAUUCUUUCUGGAGCUUUGUCUGGGUUGCAGGAUAAGGGAGUGGGACUUGCAAAGGUGCCUAAAAUAAAAUAUCUGAUAAUAAUAGGAGGUGCUAAAUUCCAGAAUAAAUCAGUGGCCGAAAAAGCUUAUUCGUCAGCAAUUACAUGCCCCUCCGUUCACGUCUUAGGUGAGCAAGACUACCUCAAGAAGUAUGGGAUAGAACUCUUGGAAUCAUGUGCUGAUCCAGUGGUGAUUCAUCAUCCUAGAGGCCACACUAUACCAAGAUUUGAUGAGAAAGGAUUAGAGAGCAUGCUUAGUUUCAUUGGGAAGGUGCAAGCAGAGAUUAGCAAGUGGGAUCAAAGACCGAAGGAAGAAAGGAACAAGAACCUGCAUGAAGGCUCUCGUCCUGAACCGGGGGAAUGUUUGGACCGAAGCAAAGGAAGGGCGUCAUUUGGUCCGGUUCCCCUAUGACCGGGUUGAUCGUUGCCAUUGGUCCGUUUGGUCGAGGCCGUUAGUCCGUUUGAUCGUGGCCAGUGGUCCGGGAGAUUCGUUGCGCGGUUGCCACGCGUCGAUGACGUCCUGCCAUGUUCAACUGCCAAUCGUACGGGUGUCAGAUCGUACGGUCAACCUAACCCAACUCAGAGCUUUUUUAUUAUUAUUUUAUUGUUCAUGUUGUAUGAAGCCCAUGGGGCACUACUAUAAAUAAGGGGCAUUGUCCUCCUCUUAAGGGGUUGGCUCCUUGAUAUCAAGAACUCUUGUAAUAGUAAAAUAUAUAUAAAUCUCCCUCUCAAACAUCAGAUUCGAUCCA